AUGUCCAUAUCACUGCCCAAAAUUGCAUGGCACAGGAUGUCCGGAUCAUCUCCAGUGCUUUGCAGAUCAUCACAGAACGAUCUUUGCAAGUGUUGAUGUGCAGAGCCACACGAGAGAGAGAGAGAGAGAGAGAGAGAGAGAGAGAGAGAGCGCGUUUGAUGUGCAGAGCUGCACGAGGGGGAGAGAGAGAGAGUGUGAGAGGUGUCUGCCAUGGAAGAUGGUGUGAUGCCAAUAUGGAGCCAAACCCCGCACUGUCCCAUCCGCCGCGCCAGUAACGGACACACACCGUUUAGAGCCGCUGCCGUCUUCCAUAGUUCGAAGCUACGCCAGCUGCUUAUUUGGCCUCCCUCUCUCUGUCUCUCUCUCUCUCAGUCCAUUCCAACAUUCACUUUGCCUUACCACAAAUUGCGACAGUGUCUGCUCUCUCCCGCACUUGCUCUUCAUGGCAAGAAGGACCUCAGAAUACCCGAAGACUUUUCUCAUCCUUCGCUGCAGGAUAACUUGAUCUCCCCUUCGCCAACUCUCUGAGGUAUAGAAUCUUCGGGUUGAGAUUUAUUGAAUUUCUCACUAUAAUUUUCAUCUCGUCGAUCUUCUCAAUGUUGAAAUCAACUGUUUGCUUUAAUUUCUUGGCCAUUCUUCCUGUCUUUCUUGUCAUUCCAAUCUCUUCAUCCCUUUCACUGGAAACCAAAGUGCUCCUUGAAAUUAAAAGUCACUUCAAGGAUCCUUUCAAUUAUCUUGAGAGCUGGAGUGAACUUCGAUCUUCUUGUGAGUUUACUGGCAUCCACUGUGACAUUGAUUCUGGCCAUGUUAUUGGCAUCUCUCUUCCAAAUAUCUCUUUAUCAGGGGUGAUAUCACCAUCAAUAUCUCUCUUACCCAACUUGACUACUUUAGAGCUUUGGGAGAAUGCCAUCUCAGGCGUUGUUCCUUCUGCCAUAGCCAACUGCACAAACCUUCAGGUCCUCAAUCUCUCAGCAAACUUUUUGACUGGCCAGCUGCCUGAUCUUUCAUCCCUGCAGAAGCUUCAAGUUCUCGAUCUGUCGAAAAAUAGCUUCGAUGGAAAGUUUCCUGCUUGGGUGACGAAAAUAUCGGGCCUGGUUAACCUUGUCCUGGCAAGGAACAACUUUGACGCCGGAGAGAUACCAGAAAAUAUUGGUUCUUUGAAGAACUUGACAUGGCUUUUCUUGGCAAAAUGUAAUCUUCAAGGGGAGAUACCAGCUUCCAUUUAUGAGUUGACAUCACUAGGAAAAUUGGACCUCUCUUACAACCAAAUCUCAGGACAAUUAUCAAAGGCAAUAUCCAACUUGAGCAAGCUUUACAAGAUUGAGCUCUACCAGAAUAAAUUAACUGGUGUAAUCCCACCAGAGGUUGCCAAUCUCACUCUACUACGUGAAUUCGACAUCUCCUGCAAUCAGUUCACCGGGAAGCUUCCUCCUGAGAUUGGUAGCCUUAAGAUGUUAACUGUCUUCCAUGUGUACAUGAACAACUUUUCAGGUGAACUCCCUCAAGGUUUUGAAGAUUUGAAGUUUCUCGUGUCAUUAUCCUUGUAUCAGAAUAGCUUUUCUGGGGAGUUACCAUCCAAUCUCGGUCGGUUCUCGCCGCUUGAAAAGAUCGACAUUUCUGAGAACAACUUCACUGGCGACUUCCCAAGGUUCCUGUGUCAAAACAACAAGCUGCAGUUCUUGCUUGCUCUUGACAACAACUUCUCAGGUGAAUUUCCAGAAUCGUAUAACAAUUGCAAAACAUUGAUUAGGUUCAGGAUUAGUCAAAACAGCUUCACAGGUAGAGUUCCGGAUGGACUUUGGGGAUUGCCGUCGGCAGUGAUCAUGGAUAUAGCUGACAAUGGCUUCAUUGGAGGGAUAUCUUCCGAUAUAGGAAUGUCAGCCAGUUUGACUCAGCUGUAUGUGCAGAACAAUAGAUUCUCUGAGGAGCUCCCAGGAGAGCUGGGGAAUCUUUCCCAGCUGGACAAGUUAUAUGCCUCUAACAAUUCCUUCUCUGGUCAAAUACCUUCUCAAUUUGGAAAUCUGAAGCAAUUGUCAUCCUUGCAUUUGCAAAAGAAUGCACUUGCAGGAACAAUACCAUCAGAACUUGGAACCUGUGACAGCUUGGUAGACCUCAACCUUGCACACAACUCACUGUGUGGUACGAUUCCAGGAACACUAGCCUCUUUGGCUUUCCUCAAUUCAUUUAACCUUUCACAUAAUUUCAUCACUGGAUCGAUCCCUAAUGGUUUACAGACAUUGAAGCUUAGCUCCAUUGAUUUGUCGGAUAACCAGUUAUCAGGAGAAGUUCCGGCAGGUCUUCUGCUGAUUGCAAGUGAAGGUGCACUUUACGGGAAUGAAGAUCUCUGUAUUGGUACAAGUAAUCAGAAGCACAGACAGUUAAGAUCUUGUAGUUCGAGCAAUAGCUACAAGGAUGCAACAAGGAAGCCUAUAGUUGUUGUGCUCACCAUCUUGCUGGUAAUGUUUGUGCUUUUUUUUGGUCUAGGCUUUGUGAGAUACUGGAACUUGAAACUCAAAAAAUAUUUUAACAGAAGAGAUUUGAAGGAAGGAGAGGAAAAAGAUUCAAAGUGGCUGCUUCAAUCUUUCCAUCCAAUGGUGCUGAAUCGUGCAGAAAUAUCAGAUUUAGAUGAAGAAAAUUUGAUUGCAUCUGGUGGCAUGGGUAAGGUUUAUCGAUUAGAUUUGAACGGGAACAGAGGAACAGUUGCUGUCAAGAAAUUGUGGAAUACUGUUAGUGAAAGAGUUUUAACAGCCGAAAUAGGUAUCAUGGUAAAGAUCAGGCACAGGAACAUAGUGAAACUGUAUGCUUGCUUGAUCGAGGAGGAAUCAAAGUAUCUUGUCCUUGAGUACAUGCCAAAUGGGAAUCUCUAUCAAGCUCUUCGCCGGGAGAUGAAGGGUGGACAGCCAGAGUUGGACUGGAACGAGCGCUACAAGAUUGCAUUGGGUGCAGCAAAGGCCAUUAUGUAUCUUCACCAUGACUGCAAUCCAGCAAUCAUUCAUAGAGACAUAAAGUCAGCUAAUAUACUGCUAGAUGAAGAGUACGAAGCAAAGAUUGUUGAUUUCGGGAUUGCCACAGUUGAUGAUGGAUCAGAGUGGACUUGUUUUGCUGGUACUCAUGGUUAUAUUGCUCCAGAACUAGCAUGUUCGCUUAGGGUGACCAAGAAGAGUGAUGUAUAUAGCUUUGGUGUGGUGCUGCUGGAAUUGAUAACUGGCCGCUAUCCAACUGAUCCUUACUUCGGAGAAGAAGACAUUGUCUCAUGGAUUUCUAGCCCCUUUAAAGGCCAAAACCUUUCAGAGGCUUACGAUCCAAGGUUGUCGAGUUUCGCAGCAGAGGGAAUGGCGAAGGUGCUAGAUAUUGCUAUCCUCUGCACCUCCAAGAGACCAUCUUCACGCCCUACCAUGAGAGAGGUUGUCAACAUGCUUACAGAUGCCAACCCUGCUUCAGUUGUCACUACUGGGAAAAGUUCCAGUAAGAAUUGGUAGCCUUUUGUCUCAGCAGUUCAUGUAUUUUGUUUAGGUCUUUCAUGACAUCCAUGAACCAAUCGGGGAUCUGCGUGCAUGAACGACUCAGGGACUAUGUCUAGAUUUUGUAAUUGGGAUCUGUAUACAUGUAAUGAACCUAGUUUUUUUCAGCUGUUGUCUACAAUGUAAUAUAGUUUCAUGUGCUUAUAUGCUGCCACAGAUGCAGGUUUCUAAAUGAAUAUUGAUG